AUGAUCAUUUAUCGGAGUUAUUUCCAGAAUCCUUUUUAUAGGGAAAAUCCCGAAGAGAAACGAAAACAUAUCAUUGGGUUGGUGUUAGAGCGUUUUCCUCAUCUAUCCUUGAAGUAUAGUGAGAGUUAUGGCGAUAGAUUUGUGUUUAAUAGUUCAGUACCUUGUCCCAUGUGUAAUAAAGACCAUGAAGGCGAAAAUAUAAAGAAUGAUAUAAAAGGUGGAUGGGGUUCUGAUAUGUAUUUUGGAGAACGGAUAAUUGUUACUUUAUAUGGAACUCCAAGCACAUGUCUAGCCCCCGGCUGUGGAAAGAAUGUGGACAUCUUAGAUCAAGCUGAUGCCCUUGGCAUCGUUUCCAAUUUGCCAUUACUUGGUUUGCAAGGCAAACCCUCUCAAUCAAGUGGAAUCUCACCUUUAUCCAAGUCAAUGGGCGAAAUAUUUACCCUAUCUUCACCACCUAUACGGAUGGGGGAUGAGGGUACAACAACUCAACAGGUUAAAGUACUUUGGGUUGCGCCAAAUGUUAUAAAGAUCUUUCUUCAUAUCUCCCACCCCAAAAAAGCUAAAAAGUCCGGUGGGAAAAAGGUAUCGAGUACGCUAAAGCAACUUAUAGAAGAAUUAUUAACCGAUAUUCCUGUUGUUGGUGGAAUCUCGGAGGAAUCAAGUUGUGCAACUGAUGCCAGGGGCAAAGAAAAGAUAGCACGAGUAAAAUCAACCCCUCCGGGUUUCGUCUUAAAUCUAACUGUAGAUGAAAGCGAUUAUAUAAUUGCUGAAGUUUUAAAAGGAGCAAGUUCCAAAGGAACCGCGUAA